AUGGUCACUGUGACCUGUGAGUAUCGCCUUCACACCCCCAUGUAUUUUAUGCUCCGGAAUUUAUUAAUUGCCGACAUCUGCUUUCCCUCCAUCACAGCUCCCAAGGUUCUGGUGGACCUUCUGUCACAGAGAAAGACCAUCUCCUUCAAUGGCUGCUUCACUCAGAUAUUUUUCUUCCACCUUGUUGGAGGGGUGGAUGCAUGUUCUUUAUCAGUGAUGGCAUUAGAUCGGUAUGUGACCAUCUCCAAGCCCCUGCACUAUGUGACAAUGAUGAGUAGGGGGCGAUGCACUGCCCUCAUUGUGGCCUCCUGGGUAGGGGGCAUUGUCCACUCCAUCGUGCAGAUAUCCUUGCUGGUGCCCCUCCCCUUCUGUGGACCCAAUGUUCUUGACACCUUCUACUGUGAUGUCCCCCAGGUCCUCAAACACGCCUGCACAGAUAUUUUUGUGCUUGAACUGUUAAUGAUUUCUAAUAGCGGACUGCUCACCACGCUGUGGUUUAUCUUCCUGCUUGUGUCCUACACAGGCAGGAGGAAAGCCAUCUCCAUCUGCACCUCACACAUCACUGUGGUCACCCUGCACUUUGUGCCCUGCAUCUGUGUCUAUGCCCUUCACUGCCCUCCCCAUGGAUAA